AUGGCGCCACAGCGGGUCCUUCGGUGCUGCAGCUGCCACCUUUUCCAAGUGCACCAGGUAAAAAAGAGUCUUAAAUGGACAUGCAAAGCGUGUGGUGAGAAGCAGUCCUUCCUGCGGGCUUAUGGAGAGGGCUCUGGUGCUGAUUGUAGACGUCAUGUCCAAAAAUUAAAUCUGCUGCAAGGACAGGCUUCAGAGAUGUUAUUCAGGUCUCUGGAGGAAUCUGUAAAUGCCAAUGAAGAGGAACAUGCAGGCCAUCAGCAGACUGAAAAUGUGAGUCUACAGGAAACACUGCAGCCCACAGAAAGCCGCUGGCUUAAGUACCUGGAAAAAGGAUCCAAGGAACUAGAACCAGAAGAAGGAAUGUAUUUCAGCAGACCACCUUCAUCCAAAUCAGAGAAGCCUGACUCUCCCUUCAAGAACAACGGUUACACUGACCUAACAGGGAAAGUCAAACAAGGAAGCUGCCUCCAGAACUCAGAGGACUGGAAUACCAGUGAGUUCACUCCUCCUCAGUGGGAACCACCCAGGCCUGCAGAGCAAGUUAAAGUUGCAUCUUCUAAAUGGGAACAAUUUCUUUUAUCAUCUGAAAAGAGUUCCCAUGUGGACACAGAGACCCCAGGACCACUUCAGACAGGCCUCAGAUCAGCUGAUCCAGCACAGCCUAAGCCCUGGACCCUGAGCCUGGGGGCAGGCCACCCCAGGAGAUCUCCUCCUGUUCUCCAGCCUCCUUGGGCCUCACACACUGCCACUAGGGUGGGGAUCGCCUGCAUUAAGCAGCCAUGGGACCCAAAGACUUAUCACACAGAGGGUGGGCCCACAGUCAAGGUGGAACAGCAACCCCAACCUGUGCUACUAUGUGACCUCUUUAAAACUGGGGAGGACUUUGAUGAUGAUCUGUGA